AUGGCGCUUUUCAUCGGAAGGUUAGCACUGGAUACUCACCCCCGAGAUCUCGAGCAUAUCUUUGAUAAAUAUGGGCGCCUGAAUCGGUUGGAAGUUAAGAGAGGUUAUGCAUUUGUUGAAUACCAAGACCAAAGAGAUGCUUCCGAUGCACUGAAAGAAACCGACGGCAUGCGAGUACGCGGCAACAGAAUUGUUGUUGAGUGGGCCAAAAAUGCUGAAAAUCAAUGCUUUAAAUGUGGUCGAGAAG